GUCUUUCCCGGGCCCAUUCCGACCCCUUCGGCCCUCUCCGUAGGGAUGCAGCCUCUGAAGACUACUGUGUCUCUCAGGGGCCGUCCUCCCUCCAAGAUUGCCCUCGACCUGGGCACCCCGAGCUGCCCCCUGAGUAGGGCUGGGGGUCACCCUCAACCCAUAAUCAGGCUGCAUGGAGGAGCCGGACAGGGCUCAGCGUGGCCGGGUUCGAGGCCGGAGCAGGGGUGCAGGGGGACGGCAUCUGUAUGCGCCUGAGAAGCGCCUUUCCACACACGUGGGGGGGCGGAGUGAGGGAGUCUCCACUGCCCCGGCCCCGCCAGCUCUCCCUUCUGCACCGUGACUGAUCAGAGAUUCGACAAGUUGGAGGCCAGAGGUUUGGACUGAUGGGAUAGCCCCACAUACCUGCCCUACCGGCCCCAUCUACCACAUGGACAGCACCACUGUGGGGAGAGGGCCGGUGGGUCAGUGAGUGGAGCCUGGGCUGAGCCAACACCAGAACCAGGUUCAAAGCAUGUGGGUCUUUGUGUGGCUGUUGCUGGCCUGGCUGGGGAGCUGGGGUUGUGCAGGGAGGCUGGUUGCCCCAGCCCAAGCAUGGGCUGGUAUCAGGGAGGGCCAGGGGCCUACACUGCUUCGGGCAAGAAGGAGCUGGGUCUGGAACCAGUUCUUCGUCAUCGAGGAGUAUGCUGGCCCCGAACCUGUCCUCAUUGGCAGACUUCACUCAGAUGUCGACCGUGGUGAGGGCCGAACCAAGUACCUGUUAACAGGGGAGGGAGCAGGCACUGUAUUUGUGAUUGAUGAGGCUACUGGCAAUAUCCAUGUCACCAAGAGCCUAGACAGGGAGGAGAAGGCCCAGUAUGUGCUAUUGGCCCAGGCUGUGGACAGAGCCUCCAAUCGGCCCUUAGAGCCACCAUCUGAGUUCAUCAUUAAAGUGCAAGACAUCAAUGACAACCCACCAGUCUUCCCCCUUGGGCCGUACCAUGCCACUGUGCCAGAGAUGUCCAAUGUCGGGACAUCAGUGAUUCAGGUGACAGCUCAAGACGCUGAUGACCCUAGCUAUGGGAACAGUGCCAAGCUGGUGUACACAGUGCUGGAUGGCCUGCCUUUCUUCUCUGUGGACCCCCAGACUGGAGUGGUCCGGACAGCAAUUCCCAACAUGGACCGGGAAACGCAGGAAGUGUUCCUGGUAGUGAUUCAGGCCAAGGAUAUGGGUGGCCACAUGGGGGGGCUGUCGGGCAGCACCACAGUCACUGUCACUCUCAGCGAUGUCAAUGACAACCCCCCCAAAUUCCCUCAAAGCCUAUACCAGUUUUCAGUGGUGGAGACUGCAGGGCCAGGGGCCCUAGUGGGCAGGCUUCGAGCCCAAGACCCUGAUCUGGGAGACAACGCCCUCAUGGCUUACAGCAUCCUGGAUGGGGAAGGGGCUGAGACUUUCAGUAUCAGCACUGAUGCCCAAGGCCGAGAUGGGCUUCUCACCAUACGCAAGCCCUUGGAUUUUGAGAGCCGCAGAUCUUAUGCCUUCCGUGUGGAGGCCACAAAUACACUCAUCGACCCAGCCUACCUGCGUCGUGGGCCUUUCAAGGACGUGGCCUCUGUCCGUGUGGUAGUCCAGGAUGCUCCAGAACCACCCGUCUUUACCCACUCUACUUACCACUUGGCUGUGCCUGAGAACAGUGCUCCGGGGACCCUGGUGGGCCGUGUCUCUGCUAUGGACCUCGAUUCACCCGCCAGCCCCAUCAGAUACUCCAUCCUCCCCCACUCAGAUCCCGAGCGCUGCUUCUCCAUUGAGCCCGAGGACGGCACCAUCCGGACAUCUGUGCCUCUGGAUCGGGAAGCUCGAACCUGGCACAAUCUCACCGUGUUGGCCACUGAACUUGAUAGUUCUGCACAGGCCUCCCGGGUACAAGUAACAAUCCAAACACUGGAUGAGAAUGACAACGCCCCGCAGCUGGCUGAGCCCUAUGACACCUUUGUGUGUGACACAGCUGCCCCUGGCCAGCUGAUUCAGGUUGUCCGGGCUCUGGAUCGAGAUGAAGUUGGCAAUAGUAGCUAUGUCUCCCUGAGUAGCCCCCUGGGCCCUGAUGCCAAUUUCACUGUCCGGGAUAAUCGAGAUGGUUCUGCCAGUCUGCUGUGGCCCCACCGCCUGGUCUUGCCUCGCCGGGAGCCCUACCUGGUGCCCAUUGAGUUGCGUGAUUGGGGUCAGCCGGCACUGAGCAGCACAGCUACGGUGACAGUCAGCAUCUGCCGCUGUAAGCCUGAUGGCUCAGUGGCCUCCUGCCGACCUGAGGCCCAGCUCUCCCCAGCAGGACUCAGCACCGGGGCUUUGCUUGCUAUUCUGGCCUGUGUAGGCACCCUCCUGGCCCUGGUGGUGCUGUUCGUGGCCCUCCGGCGACAGAAGCAAGAGGCACUCAUGGUGUUGGAAGAGGAAGAUGUUCGAGAGAACAUUAUCACCUAUGAUGAUGAGGGCGGUGGUGAGGAGGACACAGAGGCCUUCGACAUCACAGCCCUGCAGAACCCGGAUGGCGCUGCCCCGCCUGCCUCAGCUCCACCGGCUCGUCGAGAUGUGUUGCCCAGGGCCCAGCCCCCUCGACAGCCACGGCCCCCUGGUCCUGCAGAUGUAGUGCAGCUGCUGGCCCUGAGGCUUCGGGAGGCAGAUGAAGACCCUGGUGUCCCACCGUAUGACUCUGUACAAGUGUAUGGCUACGAAGGCCGAGGCUCAUCUUGUGGCUCGCUUAGUUCUCUGGGCUCGGGCAGUGAGGCAGGUGGCCCCUCUGGGCCCCCUGAGCCCCUGGAUGACUGGGGGCCGCUUUUCCAUACCUUGGCUGAGCUGUAUGGGGCAAAGGAGCCCCCUGCCCCUUGAGGACUGGUCCUAAUCCUGCCUGUUUGUGUAGAGCCCCCAUCUAAGCCGUGCCCACUUACAUGCCCUCUAAAAGGGAGCUCCACGGGGUCCAAUGGGCAGCAAACACCAGCCCCUGGGCCCACUGGUCCUUCCACUCCGAGUCUCUGGUCCUUUUCCUAUUGCUGUCUCUUCUCUCUAAUUCUUGCCCCGUGAGUCCCUAUCUGUCUCUUUUUGUGUCUCUUCUGGCUGCCUACAUCUCUGUCUAAAUAUGCCUCCCUCUCUCUCUCACUCUGUACGUCUCUUUUGGCACUCCUCUGUCUCUCUCUCUGACGCGCUGUAUCUCUCUUCUCAAGUGUGCCUCUGUCUUCUUUUCUCUUCUUGUGUCUCUUUGUCAUACUUAACAUAUGUGUUCCUCCUUCUGAAUCUCUUCCUCCCUAUCUGCCUGUCUGUCUCUCUCGCACAGCCUAUGUCUACCUAUCUCUGUUUCCCCUGCCCACAUCCCCCAUGGUUUUCUCUGGGUCUCUGUGACCAAGUUUUAACAGCUUUUUGGUUUUUCCGUCACCCAUCUCAAGAACAAGAAAACUUCCAGCCACUGACGCCACCCGCCUAUGGGGAAUACUUCACCCCAGAUUCUGCCCGCAUGGUUUCCAUCCAUCACUCAUGGCCUCACCCUGGCCCAACUGACCUCCAGCGGGGAGAGGGAGCUAGGCCCUUGCCCAAGGGGCCAAAACCCUGAGUCUGCCCCCCAGGCCACAUCUCUGGGGAGCUCUGGCCCUGGGGGUGGUCUGGCUAUUGGCCUACUUUGGGCAUUUCACAUCGUGUGCUUCCAUGUCCCAAGGGGAAGGGAAU